AUGCAAAAGAGGAUUCAGAGAGACAGCCCAGAGCAGAGGCUUCUGAGACCAGGGGCAAGAGACAAGCCAGUUGUUCUCAAUGAGACUGAAUCAGACCAAAGAGUGUUUGUUUUCUCACUAAAGGAGGAACAGAAAAUACAGGUGCAAGGAAGGUUAAGGGGAGGGAUCUUGUUUAGUGUGGAGAAGAGGAGGGCCUGUUCCUUGUGUUGCAGGGCCCAGAGGAGAGCAGGAACCCUCAGUUGCCACUCUUGGUCAGAUCAGGCACCCAGGCUCUGGGGAAGUGAGAAAAGAGGGGGCGCCAGGGAUGACGAUGCAGCCCCCUUCAGCCUGAGGACAGGGACAGGGGGCUCCCUCCUUUUCCUCUGA